GGCUUGUUUCCCUUGGAGAAGUGGCCUAAAAGCUUCCCUGCUCUUCUGUGAAUCCAUAGAACAUUUAUUCCUCUUAUUCACCCCACUUUUUUUUUCUUUCUUUCUCACCAGGUCUCUUCGGCUCUGGAUUUCCCUCCGUGGUUCCCCCAAACAAGAAGGGCCGAAGUGGGUUGACCGAUUUCUCCCGGGCCCUCCAGAAAACCCUCCCCCUCCCCAGGAAUCCUUCAUGGAGGGGCAGUUUCUGCCCACCCCGUCAAAAAAAAAUAUAUUAGAGGAUUAGAAAGCCUUUGAAAAGGGAGCCCACCUUCCCACCCAGGUCAAGAUUGGCCCGAUUUCAGACUCCCAGGCGUUUUCUUUGCCAAAUAAAAUUGGGGUGUGUGUGUCACUCUCCCCUUUUCCUCCUGGGCCAAACCCACCCAUCAGCGGGCAACUGAGUUGUGCCAGUCCAAUAACAGCCCCCCAAGUUCCUAUCAAAAACCCCGUCUAGGUUUUGCAAUUUAGGGUGCCCUCCCCAUUUUGAACAGAGUCGGGGGUGGGGGCGUGUUUCCUUUUUCUCUUGCUCCUUUCUGACUCCCAUCAGCGAGGAAAACCAGAGGGGACAAAGCCCCACCUUGGAAACAUGUUAAAGGGGGCGAGUUGGACGCCUCCUCACCUUUUUCUCAUAGAAAAACUCUGGACGAGCCAGCUGGUUCUUCGGAGGGCCUUGUGCUUGUGCAUCUAAACUGUGGGUCGGUGGUCCUAGUUACCCUCUCCCACUUCCCCCCCCCCCCCCUCUGCCCUUCCCCCCACACCCCGCUCAAGGGUUCAGGGUUCCCCCCCGCCCCCCUUGGCACAGGGUGAAGUCUAAGGGGAUUCGCCAUGGCUGGGGCCAUCGCCUCCCGCAUGAGUUUCAGUUCGCUGAAAAGGAAGCAGCCCAAGACCUUCACCGUUCGGAUUAUUACCAUGGAUGCCGAAAUGGAAUUCAAUUGUGAGGUGAAAUGGAAAGGAAAGGACCUCUUCGACCUGGUGUGUAGGACAUUGGGACUCCGUGAAACAUGGUUCUUUGGGCUGCAGUACAUGAUGAAGGACACGAUAGCCUGGCUCAAAACGGACAAGAAGGUGCUGGACCAUGAUGUCCCAAAGGAGGAACCAGUUACUUUUUACUUCCUGGCUAAGUUUUACCCAGAGAAUGCAGAAGAAGAGCUGGUCCAGGAAAUCACCCAGCACCUAUUCUUCCUACAGGUGAAGAAACAGAUCUUGGAUGAGAAGAUCUACUGUCCUCCGGAAGCUUCUGUCCUUCUAGCAUCCUACGCUGUGCAAGCCAAGUAUGGAGAUUACGACCCCAGCGUUCAUAAGCGUGGCUUCUUGGCUCAAGAGGAGCUGCUUCCAAAACGGGUGAUAAAUCUCUACCAGAUGACUCCGGAAAUGUGGGAAGAAAGGAUUACAGCCUGGUAUGGCCAACAUCGAGGUAGAGCCAGGCAGCCCGUGAACGCAAGUACAACCGCCUUGCCUGCUGACAUGUCAACAUUUGGCAUAAUCAGUGAAAGCCUCUCCUUCGACUUCAAGGAUAACGACAUGAAGAGGUUGUCCAUGGAGAUCGAGAAGGAGAAGGUGGAAUAUAUGGAGAAGAGCAAACACCUCCAGGAGCAGCUGAAUGAGCUGAAGACCGAGAUCGAAGCUCUGAAGCUGAAGGAGAGAGAGACAACCAUGGACAUCCUGCACAGUGAGAACCAUGACCGGGGGAAUAGCAAACACAACACCAUUAAGAAGCUCACCUUACAGAGCACCAAAUCCCGAGUGGCCUUCUUCGAAGAACUCUAAGGAGAAGUCCCCCGAUGCUCCCGGGACAGCCUUUUUCCUAUGAGAGAUCUAGCCAUAAACCACGAUGCAUUACUUCUUUCGAGCCAGAGCGACUUUCCUUUGACAAGUGCGGUGACUCGCUGGAAGAGUUCGGUGUGAAUCUUCGUAGAUCUUGAAAUCUCCGUAGAGCCAAUAAUUUUACCUUUUAGCUUUCCCUCUUCCUCUCCCUGUUUGUAUGGAUUGUGACUUGGAUUUUAUGCUCCUACGGCAGGAGGCCGGAUUCCGUAUUUUUUAAAAAUUCCUUCUCUUGACCCUCUUUCCCCGGGUCUAUGAAUAGGGCUUUCUCUUCGAGACCGAGAAAAAAAAACCAUCCCUCUUUUUGGAGUUUGCAAGCUCUGCUGCAAAUAGCGCAAAUGGCAGAAGGAAGGUCUCACAAAAAGUUGCUCGCGGAACCGUACUAACCUUCGUAAGUUUCAGCGAGAUGCUGGCAGACUUCGAAGGGUUUUUUUUGUUUUAUUUUUUAAAUUUCCUGGAUCCUGAAAGCCAAGCUGGAGAUCAGUUGGGGAUUCAGGCUUGGUGUAUCCAAAAACAAUUUUUUUAAUUAAAAAAACCCACAUUUUAAGGCCUAUUGUUUUAAUUUCAGGAGGUUGGUAAAGCCAGGAUGGCAGGAAUCAAAGGAGAGCGUUUUAAACGGGAGGAUGGAGUUUAAAGGCCUAGAGUUGGGACAUCCAACCGUGGCAACUUUUAAAGACUUUGUGGACUUCAACUUCCAGAAUUCUGGGAGUUGAAAGUCCACAGAUUUUCAAAAUCGGGACACCCUGCCUGGCCUAAAGUGAAUCUCAUCCCUGCCCUCUGGGAUUUUAAACAUUUUGAU